AUGACAAAUUCUAGAGUUCAUGCUAUUGAUUCUCUAAAACCUCAAUCUUUAUCACAUAUGGAAUCUCAAGAACAAAUUUAGGAAAACCAAAUUGUUGUUUGUAAAUCUAAUUAAAAUAUCAAAUCCAUCUUGAAAAAAUAUGAUGGAUAGUAAAAAGAAAAAAAGAAACUAUAAUUUAAAGAUGAACUAAAUAAAACAUAUUUGGUUGAAAAUUGGAAGAUAUAUAAUACUCCUUUCGAAGAAGAUGACAGUUGUUGCUGUGUAAUAUAAUGA